UGAAUCACGGCGUAUGGAAGCGCUCGUCCUCAGAGAGAUCACCACGGGACCUUUCGAGUUCGAAACCUGUUCCCAAGGCCGUCUUCUAGGGCGGCCGCUCCUGGGCUUCAAUCUUUCGGAGCCCAUUCAAAAAAAGCUUUCUUGAAUUUCGAAUCAUCCUAGACCGACCGUCCGGACGGACAUCACGUCAAACCGUCCACUUCAAACCCGUGCGCUUGCCCCGGACGAAUGACCAGAUGGAUUCUCUCUCAACGACUUUACCUGCCAUUUGAAUCCACUGCUCUGUCAAACCGUUUCCUGAACUUCUCCAAACCCCUUCGUACAUACACCGGAUUCAUCCAGGACCUGCAAAACGAGGGCAGUGUCCUACCCGCCUCCUCGUACUACUCCAAGCUGCUGUCGCAAUGUUGCGCGUCCAAAUCUCUAGUUCAGGGCAAGUUGGCUCAUACCCAGUUGACCAAACUCGGUCUGUCCGAGGACCCGAAGCUCCGCAUCCAUCUGAUCACCUUGUACUCGAAAUGCCGGGAUUUCGGGUAUGCCCGGAAGCUGGUCGACGAAAGUCCGGAACCAGAUUUGGUUUCUUGGUCUGCUCUGAUAUCUGGGUACGCUCAAAAUGAGCAUGGGCUAGAGGCCAUCUCGGCCUAUCGCGAAAUGCACGGGAUGGGUGUUAAGGGUAAUGAGUUCACUUUCCCUACCGUUCUGAAAUCUUGCUCCAUCAGAGGGGAUUUGGUGAUGGGGAAGCAGGUACAUGGGGUUGUGGUGGUGACUGGAUAUGACUCGGAUGAGUUUGUUGCAAAUGGCUUGAUUGUCAUGUAUGCGAAAUGUGGAGAGUUUGGGGAUUCAAGAAGGGUUUUCUGCUCGAUCCACGUGAAGAAUGUUGUUUCGUGGAAUGGCUUGAUCUCCUCUUACGUGAAGAGUGACUUUCUCCGGGAGGCAAAGGAGAUGUUUGACGAGAUGAUUCUAAGUGGAAUAAGACCAAGCGAGUUUAGUCUGUCUACCAUAUUAAAUGCGUGUGCAGGUUUGGGGGAUUGUAUUCAAGGAAGGAAAGCGCAUGGAUAUUUGAUAAAGCUCGGAUAUGAAUCAGACCAGUUCUCGCAAAAUGCUCUUGUUGAUAUGUACGCAAAAGCAGGGGAUCUUGAAGAUGCAAUAACUGCCUUCGAGGAGAUAUUGCAGCCUGAUAUUGUCUCUUGGAAUGCAAUAAUUGCUGGAUGUGUCCUCCAUGAACAAAACCAUCAGGCUUUGAAAUUAUAUACGCAGAUGAAUAGAUCAGGAAUAUUUCCAAACUUGUUCACCUUGUCAAGUGCUCUUAAAGCUUGUGCCAGUAUGGAGCUAAAUUAUUUGGCCAGACAGUUGCACUCCAUUGUGAUAAAGCACGACACGAAGGCAGAUAGUUUUGUCAGGGCUGGACUUGUUGAUAUGUAUUCCAAAUGUAGUUUAAUGGAAGAAGCAAGAAUGGCCUUCGAUUUGAUGGCACAGAAGGACCUAAUUGCAUUGAAUGCUCUAAUUUCUGGAUAUUCACAAAACGGAGAGGAUGUGCAAGCUGUGUCCCUCUUUGCUGAGACAUACAAAAGUGAGAUAGGUUUUAACCAAACGACUCUAUCGGUCAUUCUUAAGUCAGCCACCGGCAUGCAGGCUAUUGAUGUUUCUAUGCAGGUUCAUGCUGUUUCUUUAAAAUUGGGUUUUGAUAAUGACAGUCAGGUGGCAACAAGCCUCAUCGAUGCAUACAGUAAGUGUGGGAACAUAGAAGAAGCAGCAACAGCUUUUGAGAUUUGUGCAGCUGGAGAUUUAGUGGCUCUCACGUCUAUGAUUGCUGCUUAUGCACAAUGUGGACAAGGCGAAGAAGCUGUAAAGCUAUACCUAGAAGUUCAACGCAGAGGCCUCAAGCCAGAUCCGUUUGUUUGCAGCUCUCUUUUAAAUGCAUGCGCAAAUUUAUCAGCAUAUGAGCAGGGGAAGCAGGCACAUGUUCAUGUCCUGAAGUUCGGGUUCAUGUCAGACGUUUUUGCAGGGAACUCUCUGGUUAACAUGUAUGCAAAAUGUGGCAGCAUAGAUGAUGCCAUUUGUGCUUUUGAUGAGAUACCCGACAGAGGAAUAGUUUCUUGGUCGGCUAUGAUUGGAGGAUUCGCCCAGCAUGGACAUGGAAAAGAGGCCUUGCGAUUCUUUGAUCAAAUGCUGGAAGAUGGCAUCACACCCAAUCAUAUUACUUUGCUUAGUGUCCUCUGUGCAUGCAAUCACGCAGGCCUGGUAGAUAAAGCGGAACACUAUUUCAAAUCCAUGGAAGAGUUGUUCGCUAUCAGACCUACGCAAGAACAUUAUGCUUGCAUGAUUGAUAUCCUGGGCCGAGCAGGUAAAUUAGAGGAAGCGGUGGAUCUCAUUGAAACAAUGCCAUUUCAAGCUAAUGGCCAUGUUUGGGGGGCAAUUCUUGGUGCUGCGAGAAUCCAUAAGAAUGUCGAGCUUGGCAAACGGGCAGCAGAGAUGUUAUUUUUUCUUGAGCCAGAGAACUCAGGGACCCAUGUUCUUCUCUCAAAUAUAUAUGCAUCCGCUGGCAUGUGGGGAAAAGUUGCUGAAGUGAGGCGACUCAUGAAACACAGUAAGGUGAAGAAGGAACCAGGAACGAGCUGGGUCGAGUUGAAGGACAAGGUCUACACCUUUAUAGUAGGAGAUACAAGCCAUCCUAGGACGGGGGAGAUAUAUGCAAAGCUUGAUGAACUGAGUGAGCUUAUGAGCAGAGCCGGGUACGUGCCUAUGGUGGAGAUAGAUCUCCAUGAUGUAGAAAGAGGCGAGAAGGAGAAGCUUCUUAACCACCAUAGCGAGAAACUAGCCGUGGCUUUUGCUUUGAUUGCUUCUCCUCCUGGAUCUCCUAUCAGGGUGAAGAAAAACCUCCGCAUCUGCAUCGACUGCCAUAACGCUUUUAAGUUCAUAUGUAAAAUAGUCUCGAGGGAGAUUAUCAUAAGGGACACCAAUCGAUUCCACCAUUUCAGGAACGGUUCUUGUUCAUGUGGAGAUUAUUGGUGAAACUAAAAUCUCGAGACAUGCUUCUCCAUGUUUUCCGGGCAGGCAUCAUUAUUGUGUUCUUAUGUUCCCAUUGAAUCAUAAGCUGAAGCCGAAAGCUAAUGGCAGAUUCUUUUUA